AAAUGACUUUCUCACAGUUGUUCACUGUGCAAAAUAUAAAAAAACACAACUCCUGUUCUUGCUGUGCUUCUUGAGUUGUUGCAGGAAGUACAGUCUUUGCUGGGCUUUCUGCGCUACAGUUUGUACCUGCAACAGGUUUUGAAAAAGGGUUGUCCGGAUUGUGCCUGCUGAUAAUCCAGGGGUAUUAUACCAAGAUUGUCAAUUUAUUUAUUGUCUGCCCCUGCUUAUAAUAGGGGUGGACUUUCAGAAGAGCAACACAAUGAAAAACACAAUCAGAUUGUUUUUAGUAACGCAGUAAAUAAACAGAAAAAAACUUUUACAACUAGCUAAAGCACAUUGUUUAAACUAUAGUCAUAAAAAUAUCUGGCAGUGACUGACGGUUGACAGGUUAUAAUUUGAUGGUAAAUUAAAGGAAACUUUCGGGGUGCUUUAAAUGCUAAAUGAUGUGGGUUUCAUUUGACCAUCUCUAAUUAAAAUCUUGGAUAUUUAAUUGAUCGGGCUUUACUAUUUUGUUUUAUGCUAAGCAAACUUUCUUGAAAACACAAUUUAACAUGUAUGAGGGCUCAAUUAUAGUGGGGAAAAAACAAAAACUGGAUUUUCUGUGCUGUUGUGGCGUCAUCUAAUCAACUUUGUGUCGUAUUUCUAAUUCAUUUUGACAAAAAGCUUUGCCUGCUAAAUGAGUGUUGACAGAGGGAGCGGUGGCGCGGACAGUGGUCCCUCUUUCAUGCUAGCACCGCCCAUGCCAUCAGCAACGAGUCUUCCCCACCAGUUUGCCUGCUGCAGCAUCUCUGCACUGCUGUGGCUCACCCCACCCCCACCCGCUCUGACGUCACUGCUGACACCUCCGAUCGGAGGUGUGUCCAGCAGAAAUCCCCCCGCCAGUCCACGGAUGUAGCUGCGGCUCUGAGCGAGACCGAGAAGCAGGGAGGGAGGAAGAGUUUGGACGCACUGCGGAGGGGAGUGCAGCCAUGGGGAACGCGCAGGAGAAACCCUCCGGCAGCGGCGGAGGAGCGACGCCGAGGCGGGACAACCCGCGGACUCACGGAGCUCCCGGAAAGGAGGUCGCCAACGGCGCUCCGAGAGAAAACAGCCCGGCAGGUGGGGAAGAGGAGCCGCAGCAGCAGCCGGACAGCGCCGGGGUGGAUAGGAGUUACCUGGAUGCUCCGGCCGGAGCUUUGCCUCCUCACCUGGCCCGGCUGAAGAAUGAGGGGAACCACCUCUUUAAAAACGGCCAGUUUGGAGACGCGCUGGAGAAGUACACCCAGGCUAUAGAUGGAUGCUCUGAGGCAGGCAUUGACAGUCCAGGAGAUCUGAGUAUCCUCUACUCCAACAGAGCUGCCUGCAACCUGAAGGACGGAAACAGCGGCGACUGCAUUCAAGACUGCAACAAGGCCUUAGAGCUGCAGCCCUUCUCCUUGAAGCCGUUGCUGCGCAGAGCCAUGGCCCAUGAGUCACUGGAGCGCUACAGGAAGGCCUACGUGGAUUACAAGAUGGUGCUGCAGAUCGACACCGGAGUGCAGGCGGCUCAUGACAGCGUCCACAGGAUCACAAAGGUGCUGAUCGAGCAGGACGGGCCUGGAUGGAGAGAAAAUCUUCCUGAGAUUCCUGUCGUCCCGCUGGCUGUCCAGCAGCAGCACAGAGAGAAACCAGUCAGCGUCGAGGCGGCGCAGGCGCGAGCCGCCAGGGCCGCGCAGGAGGAAGCCAGAAGAAAAGAGGCUCGCUUUACUUUACUCAAACACGAAGGCAACAGUCUGGUGAAGAAGGGCCUCUUCCAGGAGGCUCUGGAGAAGUACACUGAGUGUCUCUCGGUGAAACCUGAUGAAUGUGCUGUUUACACAAACAGAGCCAUUUGUUUCCUGAAGCUGAAUCGGUACGAAGAGGCCAAACAGGACUGCGACUCGGCGCUGCAGCUGGAUCCAGCCAAUAAGAAAGCCUUCUACAGACGGGCCCUGGCCUUUAAGGGACUACAGGAUUACCUGUCGGCCAGCCGCGACCUGCAGGAGGUCCUCCAGCUGGACCCCAAAGUCUACGAGGCCGAGCAGGAGCUGGAGGAGGUGACGAGUCUGCUGAGGCAAAGCUUGAUAAACAGAGCUGAUCACACAUGAGGUGGAAGAGCAGAAUGAAUCUUAACGGCACUAACACAGCACCACAUAUUCAGAGAAGGCUGUGUGUAAUGGAUAGAAAUAUUGCACAUUAUACAACAAGCAAAACAAACAACAACAACAACAAAAAAAAUCUUAAGAUUUGAUGAAUUCCUGCAGGCGUGGCGAUGCUUCACUGUUCACAGGAGGAGACAGAGGCAUGUUAAAGGUUGGGUUCUUCACCUAGAUUUCUCUGUUUUCUGUAUUUUCAUGAGCAAGUAGAGGAUGAACUGGUUCUCAACUCAACAUUUCAUUAAAAUAAGCGGUAGAUUUAUGUUCUCAUUGCUAAAGUAAUAAAAGAAAGAUUCACUGUUCAGUACAGAUAAACUUUUACCACAGACAAGUUCUUACUAUCAUUAAGAUCAUGUUUAUUUCCCAAAAUUACUUCUAUUUGCUGAAUGCCAGAAUAACCAAAGAUACGUUUUUUUUAACUUGAGUUUACAUAAAUUUCCUUGUAUUUGCUAAAAUGACCUGGUACUGUAGUUGGGUAUCCCUUUACAAGCUUCUCUCAAUGGUUUUGGGACAUUUUGGCCCAGUCCUCCUGACAGAACCGGUGUAACCGGAGUCAGGUUUGUAGGCCAUCUUGUCCCUUUCUUACUCAGAUUUUCAGCUCUAUUCACAAGGUUUGUAUGAGUCUGAUGCCAGAGCUUUGUUGUGGUUCCUUCACAAUGUUGACUUUGUUGUCCUUGAGCCACAUUGUAACCAAUUUCACUGCAUGAUUCGGGUCACUGCCUUUUGCAAAGCUACCUAAAAUUUUAACUUUCAAGUGGAUGUUUUGAGAUGUCGCUUUAAUGUUUCAACAUAAUUUGUGACGUGCAAAGCAGCCUCAUAAAUAAAUCAAUACUGCUACCCCAAACUUAACAUUUGGGAUGGUUUUCUCAUGCUCUUUUCCAAAAUAUAAUCUGGUUUCUGUGUCUUGGUUUUGGAGAAAUGGCUUAUUGUUUCAUUUCAAAUCAGUAAAGUUGUAAUUUCACUGCGGAUGCCAACAACUUACAAGAUAUUUUGGUUUUGUUCUGGGGUCAAUUUAUUCAUCUCUGCGACACAGAACUCGUCUUCUUCCUGAGCUGUAUGAUCACUCAAUGUUUCUAUUGUAUUUACACUUGCAAUCACUUAUAAUGUAUGACAUCUAGAACAAACAGACUCAGAAGAUGCCUUUUUGAAAAGUCCUACUCUGUCAUAGAAACUUAUAUUUAUGUUGCUAAAAUGGGAACUUAAACCUCCUAGCUCUAAUGUGAUUUGUAUUUCAUUAUAAAGAAUUUAUUUCCUAGCUCUGGCAAUUAAAUGCUUCCAUUGUGAACUUCUGAGUUUGAAGAAAGUAUUACAAAACAAUCUAAAAGUUUCUCAUCUUCUGGCAUUUAGUGAGUAAAAAUAAUUUUAAUAUGCCAAAUUCCCUAAAAUGUUAAACGUUUGGUCUGAUUUAAUCACACAGACAAAUUCAAGUCAAUUACGUACAUUCCAGUUCAAUCCUAACUAUUAAAUACUGCAGUUUAUUAGCUCAGUUUAUUAUUCAAACCAGUAAAGUUUUCUAUUAAGCGAAAGUUGAAAUACAGCAAAUGAUGCAAAAUUGGAGAGUAGGAGGAAAAUGUUGCAGUGAGUAAAAAUGGUCAGUUUGUCUUCCAGCAGCCUAAAGCUUAACGCAGCAAAACUACAGACGGCUCAGGAUAACUGCAAGCUUUAUCAAACGCUUUAAACCUCGUUUUAAAAGUAGACGCGGCGUCUUCCUCCUACUUCUUAAAACUCCAGGAAACCUGCAACCCCCCCACCCCCCCUCCCCGAAGAGAUCUCUGAUCUACACAAUGUAGCUUGAUCAUUAGGAGCUUUAUAUGUGACAAAUCCCAGCUAGGAAGUCAGCUUUCGUUUUGUUCUGGUAGAGAGAGCAGCCAUAUUUCAUUCAUCAGCGGUGCAAAAAAAAAAAAAAAAAAAAAAGGAGAAUGACAAACGUUUACUCUGGACUGGAGCACCGUGAACAGCCAUCUGCACUCUGCGUUCGGUUCGCCACAGCUGCUCCAGUCUGCACACACAGGCUUACGUAACAGGAGGCUCCAUUUGAAAAGGCUAAAUGUCAAGGUAUAUGUGAGCUGCCGGCGCUAUUAUUCCUCCCCAUUGUGAUGUAAUAUAUUGUAAAUAGAGGUACUUUUGACGCGGUUCAGCGUUCUGAAAUAAGGAAAGACAGAGCGGAUAAUAAUGUGUGCCUUAUUGAGAUUUCUACCAAGCUUAGGAUGAAAUAUGCCAAGAUUAAAACUUUUAGGCGGGUUUGUUUUUAAAGAUGUUUGCUUCAAAGCUGAGCUGGGAAUGAAAAAACAUUGGAGGGAAACUAAUAUAUGUGUUUAUGUUGGAGCUGCAGAUUAUUUGUGGCACAGCGAAAAGACUGAAUAUAUAAACCACUUUAUUUAAUUCAGUAAAGAUUUUACAGCAGUAACAAAACAAUUCUUAUUUUUCUUUUUUGUAAUAUUUGUUUUACAGGUUAACUUCUUUAUUGUGUUGAAGGUUUCUUUUACUAAAUAGAUGACUUGUGGAUUAUGCUUUGGCUUGAGGGUCAGUAGACAGGACAAUUGUUUCUUUUAAUGUGUAGCUUUCCUUUACGCCUCGCUCAUGAUCAAAAUCAUUUUAAUAAAAAAAUGAGACAGGAAUUUUUGAAAACAUAAUAAAACAGUUUAAAUGGAGUUUUAGUUUAUUUUUUUUUUCCAUUGGCAUGUUGAAAAUUAUUUAUACCUUCCUCAAUAAUCAGGGAGGAAAAAUCAACCAACUUAUCUUUCAUGUUUGCACUGGUAUGUAACUUUAUCUGUGAUUAUAAACUUUGACGCAGGAAGGCCUCAUUGUCAUCACCCUAAUCUUUACCUCCAUCGUUCACAUUGACAUCCAGACUCUGAGCCACACCGAAGCGCUAAUAUUAUUUCCAGUCAGGAAACAAGGUUGUUAAAAAUCUAGCAGUACUUUAAACCAAAAUCUGCCAGGAGUACGAAGGCUGUAAUUUUGGGAUUACCUCUAGGAUCAGGGCAGUGAAACUGCACUGGUUUACACAUUUACUUCAUUACUCAAAAAUAGUCAUCAAAUCUCACGAGGUUUGGCGACUGUAGAGACGCCAUGACAUGAUGUUAUUAGAAAACCCUGUGGUUCUAAGAAGAUGAAGUGUCUUCACAACCAUAUUUACUCAUAGUGGGAUGACGACAGACAUAUACAAAAGGCAAACAUAUAAGUAUAUAAAUAUAUAAAUUAACUUUAAUACCAUUCUGGUAACCUUUUUACCCAUUUAGUCACUUUUAUAUACUUUUUAAAUCAUUUAAUAAGACCAGUGACAUGAAAUUUUCCUAAAUUUAAUGAUCCAAGUUACAAAUGGCCACCUUUACUCUUUAAAAGUUAUUUGAACACUGCACACAUGCAGACUGCAGCCCAAACUAGUUUCCAUUGUCAACUAUUCAAACAAUGCUUUUGGAUACACUUUAACAAAUCUCACUGCUUUUAAAGGAAAUAUCAUUUUUGUUUAUGAAAAUACAAAUUUCAACACCAAUUGAGCCAAAAUAUGGAAUUUUCUUGCAUUUCAGUGUAGAAGUAAAUUAUCGCAACAGAAGAUAGUUUGAAUAAUCUACAAAAAUCUUUUGACUUUUUCUAUAGAAAAUGUGGCUUUUUGUUGAAAAUGCUAUAAAAACUGUUCUGAUUAGUAUUGAAGCAUCUAAAAAAUUCAAACUGAAAAUAUUCUUAUUUCUUACUUUAAACAGGAGGGUUUUCAAAUCGUGUCACUACAAGAAUACAUGUAGCUCCAUACAACACGAUGUGCCACAUCUUUUAUUUCAUUAGGUUGUUUUUUUUUUCUUUGAUUUAAAAAUAAUCCAUUCCAAUUUAAAUGAAUAAACUCAGCUCUUUCUGGAAUGUUUUUUUUUUUUGUUAUUUAUUGUCAUGGAAUGUAAAAGCAUGUACUGUAUGUAAAUAACUGAAUACAAAUGUAAAUAAACAACAGUGUGAAUGCUGUUUCUGGUAUAAUUUUGCUUUUACAACUUUUAAGGAACACAUGCCUUCCUCAAAGAGUAAAAAGAAAUUAUUUCCACAAAGGGAAACUAUAUUGAGCAUAAAUAAGAAAUGAAAAAUGGUUAAAUAUGGAUCACUGGAAAACCUGAAAAACAAAAACUAAGCUUCCAAAAUGCAAAAAUGUUUCCUCAAUAAAAUGCUUGAUCGAGAUUUUUUUUUUAUUGAAGGAUAUGCAUAAACAUGCACAUUCAGAUGCAAGGAAUCAAAAUAUGGAAGUUUCCAAAUAGCCUCUUUUCAACAAAAUUAGACAACAAAUAAUGACACCAGAACUCAAACAGGAAGAGGAAUUAAAAAGGAAAAUAAACUCAGAGGUCCAUCUAAAAUAAAGAAAUUCCUAAUCCAACUUUUUAAAGCAGCUCAUAAAACAGCUAGAAGAGGCCAUGCUGCAAAACUCAAGAUGUAGUUUUAGUGUCACUUUGG